GAAAGGAAUCAUAGGAAUUGAUGAUGAUGGCUUUGCCUCGCGACUCAGCCUGUCCCGUUGUUGGUUUCUUAUAUUCUGCAAAUGGUUAUUGUAAAGAAAUAAGAAGCAGAAAAUAUGGAAGUUGGUACUCCUGUUGUCCACUUCAUGGGACUAGAACAAAAGCUGUCCAUCCCAAGAGGAGUUAUUACUGCUCUCUUGACUUGGAUAUCUUUCAAGAAAAAGAAAGAGAAGGCAUCCUCUACUCCUUCCCUGUUUCCAACUAUUCAGCUCGUUGUAGAUUUGUUAUUUAUGCCAAAGAAAUUCCUAUCGAAAUUCAUUCUCCACCAGUCGGCUUGAAGAGUGAAGAAUAUCUCAAGAUCAACCCACUUGGAAAAGUACCAGCUUUAUGGCUCGCGGACAACAAUAUAACACUUGUGGAAAGUGAAGUUAUCAACGAAUAUCUCAUUGACAAAUAUAUGCACGUUUCACCUUCCUUUAUACCCAAAACAGCAGAGAAGAGAGCACUUGCUCGCCUUGCUAGUAGACUAUACGACCUGUACAUAGGUCCCUAUCAAUAUGGUCUUUAUCGUGAUGUGUCAACCAUGGAAGAACGAAAAAGUUGUUUCGAAUCCGGUCGUAGAGGAUUGGAAAUACUGGAAAGAGUCAUUCAGGCAACUCCUUUUGUUGCUGGAGAACGCAUAUCGUUGGGAGAUGUUGCUUUGUUUCCGAGUCUUCUAUUUUGGGUAUAUUUGGCACCACGAUAUUAUAAUUGGUAUCCAUUGGAAGAUUUACCCAAGUUGAGUGGUUGGUUCCAUUUUAUGAAGACAGAAUCAGCUGCAGCGGAAAGAGUCUACAAAGAGGUUAUGGAAGGCUUAGAAACGUGGGAAAAGAAUGGUCGUUUUGAAAGAAUGGGGUUGAAACAAAGAAUGACUUGAUCUUUUAUUUUUCAAUAAUCUUUUGACCAUUUGAACUAUUGUAAUUCUCUCUUUGCAAGCUCUCUAUAGUAUUCUAAGCAUUCGGGAUUUUGAAUGGCACCUUUGUUGGGGACAUCUAAACCUUCAAUUACCCGUUUCACAGCAAUUUCAACCUAAA